AUACGCAUCGUCGUCACUAGUGACGACGCAGCGGCCGCCAAAAUCAAAAAGUUGUAGUCAAUUUCCUCGUCUGAUCUGAGUAGUUUCGGCUCGAGCUUUGAAGCGAAAUAAAAAAAAAAUUAAAAAAAGACGAGACGACCAUGGAGGGAUCGUGCACGAAAGGUGUUUUGAAUCAUCUAGAUGUGUUGAAAGUCCAGGCGAGGAGCCGUAGAUGUCAGCCUCAGCAGCAGCAGCAGCAGGAACAGGAGCAGCAGAGCCGUGUGAAGGAGCUAAAAGCUAAAGUUGCAGCUCUGCGUCUCCAGAGGGAACAGCUGAGCGCAGAGAUACAGACGAGCAAGGAACUGAGGUCGUCCCUGGACAAACUGCAAGAACAUGAAGGGGAGGAGGAAAUGGACCAAGAAUCGGAGGAGUCGCAACUUCUGCGGCUGAUGACCAGACACACACAGCUGAAAGAUCUUCUAAAUGCUCAUCGCCUCAUUGGUGGGUAUGACGUUGUAAAGACCCGUGAAGGUAAAGGAGUGUGUGUGUCUCUGGCCACCGCCUACGAAGGCGUCUACUUAGACACCUAUAACCUGCAGAUCGACCUGAAGCCGACGGUGAGGAUCGUUCGGCACAACAUCCCCCCGGUCAUUCCCCUGAACAGCCUCGCUGAACAGCACGACAUGAAGAGAGAUCUGAAGACUUUUCUGGACGCGCUCCAUCGGCAUCUCAAUGCUUUUGCUGGUCGCAAGCAGCAGCUGAAGCUUGUUAAGCCACAGCUGCCACUGCUGAGAUCCAACGAAAUGCACCCGAUUCUGCAAAGUCAAAGAUUUUUACUCAGAAAUACCCGCCUGACAGCUUGGCACAGGUGCUGCUCAAGUUUUGCCAAGAUGAUGCGUGCCGUGUGUGUUGACGUGUAUGGCGGACCGGAGAAUUUGCUCCUGCGAUCUGUGCCCAGGCCUCGGCUUAGAGAGGGAGAAGUCCUGAUUAAAGUUCAUGCCGCCGCCCUCAACAGGGCAGACUUACUACAGAGACGAGGCCUGUACCCGCCUCCCCCGGGUGAGAGUGACAUCAUAGGCCUGGAAGUAGCCGGUACUGUGGAGACUCUGGGCUCAGGAGUGAAAAUGAAUUGGAAACCGGAUGAUAAGGUCAUGGCCUUGCUGUGUGGGGGUGGGUAUGCAGAAUAUGUGUCUGUGCCCGAAGAGCUCCUCAUGCCCGUUCCCUCUAAUCUCACCUUCUGCCAAGCUGCUGCCAUCCCAGAGGCCUGGCUCACUGCUUUCCAGCUACUGGUUUCUGUAGCUCAGUUGAAGGAGGGCGAGGUGGUGCUGGCUCACGCCGGAGCCAGUGGCGUCGGAACGGCGGCCGUGCAGCUGGUCCGCCUGCUCGGCGGUGUGCCCCUCGUCACCGCAGGGAGCCCGGAGAAACUGAAGGUGGCCGAGGAACUGGGCGCAGCAGCCGGAUUUAACUACAAACGGGAGAGCUUUGUGCAGGGAGUUCACGACUUCACGGGAGGCAAGGGAGCGAACGUCAUCCUUGACUGCAUUGGUGGGCAGAACUGGGAGCAGAACGUGAGCUCUCUAGCCAUGGACGGCAGGUGGGUGCUGUACGGCACCAUGGGAGGCAGAACGGUGGAGGGAGAUCUGCUGGGCAAACUGCUCUCCAAGAGAGGCCACUUGCUCAGCAGCCUCCUCCGCUCUCGCAGCCUUCAGUACAAAGCCGACCUGGUGAAGGCCUUUUCACACAGAGUCUUGCCAUAUUUCUCGGAUCAGCCUGCCUCCUUGAGGCCGGUGGUUGACAGUACAUUCAGCCUGGAGGACAUCGCAGAUGCUCACAGGCACAUGGAAGCCAACAGUAACGUGGGAAAGAUUGUGAUUAAUGUGAUUUCAUAGGAUGAAGACACUGAUACUGAUAAACUCCUGGAGUAAUGUUAAUACAAACGCUGUUAUGAAUGCACACAGGGCUACUUGAAAAAUAUUUAGAUUUUUCCCAUGUGUCUCAUGUGUCCCACUAAUAAAACGUUCCAAGUG